AUGAGUCAUGAGGUUCUAGAAAAGGCAGAAGUGCAACAGCUGUUGAACGAGCUGUUCAACUUUGCAGACAACAGCUUUGUUCAAAGCGGUGAUCGGGUGCAGCCCUUCAAGCUGGGGCAACCAGCUCCUAAGAUUGGAGACGUUGACCGGUGCGCGGUGUACAUAUCGCUGGCACCUGGCAUGGAGAAUCCCGCGGGGGUAGACCCGCCAGAGGACGACAUUGCUCGGUGUGCUCGAUACACCAGCAGCGAAGAGAAGCAGAACGAUCCCGCCCCGACCACCGAAGAGAGAGUGGCGGGGAAAAGGCCGCUGACAGCAGACCCCUCCCCUGCAGAAGCGCUGCCGGCAGAGAGCAGCCAGGCGUCGAAGUGCCGUCGGCUUGUCUGGAUCACCGACGACGACGACGAGGAGGAGGAGGCCGCGCCUUCUUUGGUCCGGAGGCCACACAGUCGUCCGGACGUUGCGCCGGUCACCACUGGUCAGGUGACCAGCGACCCGCCUGCACCGCACGCCGAGCCGACGCGCGUCGUAGAGAUGGGGACCGCGUCAUCGGACGCCGACCCUGACCACAUUGCUGGCCAGAGGGCGGCCGAGCCUGUUGCCGCCGUUGGGGACGUCGCGCCACAGAGCACCGAGCAGCCCGCGGCGACGAUCGUGGCUGAGAGCGUCGAGGAGCAUCCAGUCCCUACGAGGAACGAGGAAUCUGCGAGGACGCCUUCUCCGAGCAACGUUGUGGAGGAGGAGAGCAGAGCCCCAACUCUUCCACCAACUGAAGAAAGGGGAGUCCCAACCCCGCCCCGAGCAGGGCCCUCUUCGCCUGUAGGGUCCCCUGGACUGGGUUAG